UAAAGUUUAGAGAAGCAACAACAAUGUCAACAACGACCUGCAUAGUCUGUGAGACAAAUCCACCAAAGUAUAAAUGUCCUGUGGCAGAUUGCAGGGCUCCUUAUUGCAGUUUGGGAUGUUACAAGACACACAAGGAGACACAUGUUACAACAACGCCGGCCACUGUUUCUCAACCUUUGGCAUCAUCGGCUGCUUCGACUGUUAAGACCGCUUCGUACCUGUCGCUAGAAGCCUCAUCAGCAAGUACCUUGCCUACAGCUGUCGCCGCCAUUUCUACACCAGCACCUGCAAUCGUUGCACCACCACCACCACCAGUAACAAAUCACCUCACGCCUGCUCAUCUAGCACCCCUAACAUCAUCCACCAAUCUCCAGAAAAUCCUCCAAUCAUCUCCACAACUCCUGCGCAAACUGGAAGAAAUUGCUAUGCUCAGUAAAGAAGCCGGUGAUGGGAAUGCGACAGGAAGUGCAGGGAGUGUGGUGGAACAUCCGAAGCGAAGGGAAGCAUUGAGUAUGAUUGCGAAGGUGAGGGAGGAUGAGGUUUCGGGUGGGAAAGAGCUUAUGGAGAUGAUAUUGAAGUUGAUUGGGAUUGAGGAGUGAAGUGUGGGUUGGGAGUAAUCGUGUGCCUCCUGCUCACCUUCGAGAAGACAGUCACCCGGACAGGCAGUUGUGAGUAAGAACAUCGUACGCAACAUAAACAAUGAAGAAUAUAAUUAGUCCGUUCUGUCCAAUAAAAGGCACCACUGGGCCC